AUUUGUCAGUGCCAAACUACUGAAUGAAACAGCUGUUUGUUUUUUGUGUUUGUUGCCGUAUAUUUUAUUUAACAUCAAAAUGAAUGAAGAAAUAGAUGAAUAUGAUAUUUAUCAUCAGGAUUUUACUACUGUAUCAGAGUGGGAAGUAUUUAUUGCCCGUAUUGAAGAGAUAUUAAAAGAAUGGCGGUUGUCGAAAGCAAAUUUGUGUAAACUAUCAGGGGAGACAAAGAAAUGGACAGGAAAAUCUGAGGAAAUUUAUUUCCAGGGCAAUAAAUUUACGUUAUCCUAUCACACGCUAGAACCUGCUAAAACUGCCGAGCACUCUGAAGAUUCGGAGGAUAAAUCUUUAUUAUUAGACUUGCACAAUGGUAUAUGGGAUUCUACAACUCAUUUUAUGGAUGACUCUGACGGAAGUCCUUUUCCAGUGUCUAGUUGGUACGGUCUGAAGCGGUACAUAAUGUUGUGCUCGAGUAUGCCACUGGUGGACGGUAAUUUAAUAAAGCUUGUUAUGAGCACUGCAAACAUUGCUUUUGCUAACACAGACUGUGGUGUGCCUUUCUUUGUCAAAAUACGUGAACACUGGCAGCAAACAUAUUUAGGGUUUUACGAAGACAGUGAACACAAAGUUAGUUUUGACACAAUCCAUUUGAAAAGAAUUUCAAAUCAAUGCUCACAUUUAAGUGGCCUUGUAAGUCUAUUUAAAUCAAAAAUUGCAUCCCCUGUUGCAUUAGAUGCUGUUGUUGUUUCUACAAAGUAUUCUUAUGAAUUGAAAGAAGUGGAUGCAUUUGCCUGGAAGAAGACCACACAGUCAAAUGAGUUUUUAUCAAUAGAUGGUUUUGAUGUAAAAAAGCUAAUAGAACUACCUUUUGGUUCUGAAAAGAACCCAAUACAAAGUGUAUUACUCAAUGCUAUAUGGCCAAAGUUCCGUGAAUGUGCAAUAGUAGAUUCUUCUACCUUUUCCGAAAUUGAUCCAAUCAUGGCUCCUACAUGGACAAUUUCUCUCAAAAUGAGGGAUUCUCUCAAUUGUCAAUUAUCUGAAACCAUAAGUAAUAUAAUGGAUUUAUUAGAUAAUAAUAAUUUACUUAUGGACACUUUGGGAUUAAGCAAAAGCUUAGGAUUAGUAAAUCCUCUCCAUAAAAUCACUGAAGCUCCAAUAACAAUAUCUAAGCUAGUGAAGGCGGCCAUGGGGCAACAUAGAAACAUGUCAGAUUUUAAAGGCCCCAUAGCAGACGAUUUGCUCAUGCCUCUUCUAUACUAUGUAUUCCCGGAUGCGGUUGAAGAUAAUACUUUUAAUUAUCCUGAACAGUUGGAAGUAGAAUUCAAGCAGGCUGAUGGUGAACAAAAGCUGUGUAGUUAUGUGAAGACGAGCCCAGAGGGUGGGCUGGUGUGGCGCGUGUCGCUGACGGCAGCGCGCCUGUACGACGCCGGGGGUAUGCCGUACCUAGCGCAUUUCUGGUACGAGUUCUGCCAGGAGCUUCAGUAUCGCUGGGAACAUCGAAUUCUUGUGCCAGGAGUAGCCGAAGGUGCACCCAACGCAAGGACUUGCUUGCUUCAUCAAAAACUGCAACUUCUCAACUGUUGCAUUUCGCGCGCUUUAGAAGGCACCAGUAGUCUGGCAGGAAAUUCGUCAGAUGACGAAUUUUUUGAUUGCUCCGAGGGUGAGAACGAAGAACAACUGCCCUGGGACAGACCAGUUGGACGCCUGAGUCGGUUUGGAGACACUACAAUGAAAAAUGGGGCACCUUUGUAUGUCCCACGCACGCAGGAUCCUGCGCCGAAAACUGAAGACCAAUUGGAAGAGGAUGCAGAGCUAAUGGUGCGGCUUGGAGACGAUGCCAAAGCGUCCGAACUGCGUGCUAGAAUGAUGAGUGCCUCGCUUUUGUCUGACAUGGAGGCUUUCAAAGCAGCUAACCCAGGCGCUGAACUGUGUGAUUUCGUUCGUUGGUAUUCGCCGCGGGACUGGAAACCAGAUGACGGCGGAGCCUUAGGUGAUCGUAUGUUGCUACCUGGCAACCCUUGGGUUGAGGCUUGGAGUGUCGCGCGACCGGUCCCGGCUGCGCGACAGCGGAGAUUGUUUGAUGAGACUCGUGAGGCAGAACAAGUUUUACAUUUCCUAAGGUCGCGAACCGUAAGUGCAGCCGCAGAACUUCUCCUGCCUGCCAUACUUCGAGCAUGCGCUUUAAAGGCUCACGAAGAGGGUGUACCUGCUGGGAGCUCAGUAGUAGGUGGCGUUGACAUGCGGAGGACUUUUGAAAUAGCAGCUCGAGAGCUGUAUGAUGCCGAGAGAGAAGCUUGUAGGUCGCUUUGUGUCCGAACAGUGCUCGGGGGCAGUGAGGAGGGGAAGCCGCUUGACGUGGCAGGUCGCAGUAGGAUAUUAAAUGUGGUGGGUGGUGGGCUGCCGGCUCCGACGCGGCGCGAGUUCACGCUACGGGUACGGGACGGGGUCGCGCCGCAGGUGAUGCGCGCCGCGCUCGCGCACGACAUGACCAUCAUCGGCGCCUUCACCGAGCGCAUCGUGUGCUUGUAGCAAUGCUGAACGUGAUCUGCUCGGCCCCUCGGAAUCACUUGACUGUGCUAGUGCAAUUGUAAAUCGUGAUGAUAAUAUUUGUUGAAAGCGUGUACAAAUGAAUUGUUGAAUUAGUUUGUAGGAAUAAUAAUACCCAUAGGCCAUGGUUAGAUUGAAGGUUAAAAUACGUAUAUGAGCAGGUGAUUUCAGGGAUCUAAAUAUUAUUAACAGACUUUUCAAGCCUUUUAUCUACUUCUUUAUCAAUCUGUCUUCAAAACACUUUCCUCCAUAAUUAUGUUAAUUAACUUACACUAUAAUAUUAACAUUCAAUUUACAUUGUUACCACAAUUUGUACAGUUUCAUGUAAUACAGGCGUUGCAUAUGGUUA